AGUUGCUCUGGCGCAUGCGCACAAGGAUGAUAGAGUUUUCGGUGCGUCCUUUCCUCAGUUCCGUUUUUAGCGCCCGGGAGACGAAAGGGCGGGUAUUUUUGAACAGCGAUGGCGACGUUGCUACCGCCGCACUCCGUAGAAGAGGCCUCCUUGUCCUCAGGGAUGCUGCCUCAGGCUAGGGAAGGCCGAGAAAACACAAUGGAGACGGUGACCCAGGAAGAGCAACAGCCCAUGGUGUUCUUGUGCGCUGGCUGCAAGCGGGCAGUGGGAGAUACGCUCGACUGGGAGGCCAACGACGAAAACACCAGAUGUCUCCUCCUCAGGAGUGUUUCUCCUACUGUCAUAGUGGACAAGGAGCAAAAGCUUUCAAGUUGGCCAGAAGAGCGUGGCUGUGUGCUGGAAACCUUGUUUUGUUCUGGAUGCAAAAUGACACUUGGAAGUAUUUAUAGAUGCACCCCACAGCAUCUUGAUUAUAAACGAGAUUUGUAUUGUUUAAAUAUUGACUGUCUUGAAAGUUAUACCCUAGGAGCUGCAGAACAAAAAGCUGAUGUAGAUAAAGAGCCUCUUACCCUUGGAAGUCAAGCCAUUUUGGAAGAAUCGCUAGAAAGGGCAGAAACAAUACUGAAGGCAUUGGAGCACCGAUUAUCUCUAGUUGAAUCAGGUUUUGUAUCUUUUCCCAAUAAUGGCUGAAACCAAAUUAUAACUAUUACUGUCAGUCGCUAUAGAUGUGUAAGUGUGCUAUGGACUUUUGGGAAUUUGUUGUAAUAGUUUUGCCCACUGAAAAGUUUGUCUUCUGAAAACUGAAAAUGUUGAUUUGUGCAUAAGGAGAGGGCUUCCGUAGAGGAGAAUCUUUGGAAAUUGUCUAUAAGGAUAUGUGCUGUUAUAAGCCUUGCUAUUUGUCCUGAUUUUCCUCCUCCCAAAUAGAGUUUGUCAGGAUGCCUGAGUUCCUGAGUGUCUUUCAUUUUAUUAGUUUUUUUAGUCAUUGCCUUUGUUAUCAUUUAUUAGUUUUAUUCAUCUUUGCAUUUAUUAUCAUUUAUUAGUUUUGUAUCAUAUAUUUUUAUUGACUUUUUUUGGAGAGGGCAAGAUAGGGAAUUACAGAAAGAAAAAGGAGGAAGGGAGAUAAGGUAAAAUAGUUUCGAUAACAAAAAUUCUUCAUCGCUGGAUUACAAGUAAUAUUGUUAACCUUUGGCAAUUUAUAACCUAUCCUAUAGAUUGUAACUAAUAAUUUGCUAGUAUGAUUUUAUAGCAUCAAAAUUGAGGAGCAUACAAGAAAGUGCCACAGAUCAUGUAUUAAGCCAGUCAUAAAAGGUUUCCAAGGAUUUUCUUCAUCUCUAGAUAGCUUAUCUUUAAGGCGAAGGGCAAGUACAUCUAUUUUGGCUAUCUCUAAUAUUUUGUUGGUCAAGUCUUGCUUCUUUGGAGUUUCAUAGUGCUUCCAGGUUUAUGCUACUAAAAGUCUUGCUGCAGUAGUAAUAUGUAUCAUUAAAUGUUUAUUCUGCCUCAAAAAGUCAACCAGUAGUAUGUUCAGUAAAAACAGUUCUGGUUUAAAAUGGA